GUUAAAGCAAAGCGCAGCUUGCUAUCUGAUUUUUCUCUGCUACUUGCAUUCCCCUUCCUUCAAUUCCUUUGAUUUCCAAACAAGAAAACAUGGCUGAGAUUGCAACCAUUUUUCUCUCUCCCUUCCUUCAAGCUUUUUUCGAAAGAAUGGCAUCUGGUGAGUUCGUUGACUUCUUUCGGCGUCGAAAACUCUCCGAUGGACUCCUCAAGAAGUUGGAGACAUCAUUCCUGACCGUCGUUGCAGUGCUUGAAGCCGCUGAAGAAGUGCAAGUUACACAGCCUGUCGUGAAAAAGUGGCUUGAUGAGGUGAAAGAUGCAGUCUAUGAUGCAGAGAACGUCUUGGAUGAGAUUGCUACUCAAGCCUUGCGAAGCGAGUUGGAUGCUCAAUUUCAAACCACUGCAAGCAAGGUACGAAAGUCUAUCUCUGCUUUUCGUAAUUCUUUUGUCCAACAAAUAGAGCCAAAGAUAAAAGAGAUACUUGGCAGACUAGAAUCUCUAGCACAACAAAAGGAUCUUAUAGGUCUUAAAGAGGGUUUUGGAGGGAAAUCAUCUGAAAGAUUGCCCACAACUUCUUUGGUUGAAGAAUCUGAUAUUUGUGGUAGGGAUGUUGACAAGGAGGCAAUUAUUAAAAUGAUACUCUCAGAUGAUGCACGUGGCAAUGAGAUGAGUGUGAUUGCUAUAAUCGGCAUGGGAGGGAUGGGCAAGACCCCCCUUGCUCAGUUUGUAUACAAUGACAAUAGGGUGAAGAAGCACUUUAAUAACCUUGAUGCAUGGGUUUGUGUUUCUGAAGAAUUUGACGUGUUCAAGAUAACGAAAACAAUUCUGGAGGCAGUAACUUCAUCAACUUGUGAUAUUAAGGAUCUAAAUCAACUUCAACUUAGACUAUGGGAGUGUUUAACGGGAAAGAAGUUUCUACUUGUUUUAGAUGAUAUUUGGAAUGAGAGUUAUGUUCAAUGGGAGGCAUUGUGUAAACCCUUCAAAUAUGGGGCACAAGGAAGUAAGGUCCUUAUAACAACACGUAGUGUUCGUGUUGUAUCAAUUGCUAGAGCAAUCUCUCAUCAUCUAUUGGAGUUACCAGAAGAAGAUUGCUGGUCACUAUUUGCAAAACAUGCAUUCCAUGAUGGUAACUCUAAUGCACACGGUGAGUUAGAAGUUAUAGGUAGAAAAAUCAUUGAAAAGUGCAGAGGCCUUCCAUUAGCAGUCAAGACAAUUGGUGCUUUUUUAGGAUCUAAACCAGAUGAUGAAUGGGAUAAGAUAUUGAAGAGUGAAUUAUGGGAUUUGCCAAUUGAUGAGAUGGGUAUUCUUCCGGCUCUAAAGUUAAGUUACAAAUAUCUCUCUUCACCUCUAAAGCAAUGUUUUGCUUAUUGUUCAAUAUUUCCAAAGGAUUAUGCUUUCAAAAAAGAUCAAUUAAUCUUGUUAUGGAUGUCGGAAGGUUUUCUACAUCAACCCAAAAACAGAACAAUGGAAGAAGUUGGUAAUGAGUAUUUCCUCACUUUAGAAUCAAGAUCAUUAUUCCAAAAAUCAAGUGACAACAAGCCAUGUUUUGUAAUGCAUGAUCUCGUGAGUGAUUUAGCAAAAUUUAUAUCUGGACAAUUUAUUUCAAGGUUGGAGGAUGGUUGUUCUCACGAGAUAGUAAACAAUACUCGCCACUUGUCCUAUUUUUUCAAUCAAGGAUUUCAUAGCUUAAAGAAGUUUGAAACCCUUCACAAAGUUAAGAGGUUGCGCACUUUCCUACAUUUAGAUAUGUCAGGUUAUAAUUUGCCCCUCUACUACUUGAGUAAAAAAGUAGCACAUGAUUUACUGCCGACACUAAGAUGCUUACGGUUGUUUUCUCUGUCCAAGUAUAGGAACAUUACUGAAUUGCCAGAGUCAAUUGGCAAACUUAAACACCUACGUUACUUGGAUCUCUCUUUCACUGAAGUUCAAAGACUACCUGAUUCUAUAUGUCAAUUGUGCAAUUUGCAGACAUUGAGAUUGUCAAAUUGUAAAAAGCUUGUUGCGUUGCCAAGAGAUAUGUGGAAACUCAUUAGUUUACGUCAUCUUGAUAUUACCAAAACAGGCAUAAAAGAGAUGCCGAUACAUUUGGGUAGAUUAGAAUGCCUCCAGACGUUGACGAAAUUUAUCGUUGGCAAAGGUAGUGGGACUUGCAUUGGAGAGUUAGGAAAUUUUACAAAUCUUCAAGGAUCGCUUUCUAUAUUGGAGCUCCAAAAUGUUGAAUCUCCUACCGAUGCUCUGAAUGCAAGCUUGAGGGAUAAAAAGUACCUCGAAGAAUUGGUAUUGAAAUGGAAUGUUGAUACUAAUUUUUCAGAAAGUCAGAGAAGUGUACUUGAUAGUCUCCAGCCCCAUACAAGCUUGAAAAGCCUCACUAUUAGAUACUACGGUGGUAAAAGUUUUUCAGAUUGGGUAGGGCAUCCUUCAUUCUCUAAUGUAGCAUCUCUUGAGCUACAAAAUUGUACGUAUUGCAACAAUUUGCCACCCCUUGGGCAGCUACAGUCUCUGCAGAACCUCUAUAUUGCUGGUUUUGAUGAAGUUGUUACAGUGGGUAGUGAAUUUUUUGGUAGCGGUUCUUCUUCAUCUAAGCCAUUUGGUGCCCUCAAAGUUCUUAAGUUUGAGAAUAUGAAGAAGUGGGAGGAAUGGAAUUAUUUUGGUGACGAAAAUGAGGGUGUAGGUUUUCCUCAACUUGAAGAGCUUUAUAUUAGAAACUGCCCUAAACUAACAGGAGGGUUGCCUGUCCAUCUUCCUUGUUUGGCCAUACUUGAUAUUACUAAUUGUCAGCAACUGGUGACUCCACUUCCAAGGACUCCUGCCAUACGUAAUUUGAGGCUGCAUAAUUGUAAUAGGGUUUUGUUAAAUGAAUUGCCAACUGGAAUGCAGAUGCUCGAAAUUGGAAGAUUUGAUGCACUAGAGUUUCUACCCAAGGGAAUGAUAGACUCCAAUGGCGGUCUUCAAGAGUUGGUGAUCAGUAACUGUUCCUCACUUGUGUCCCUUCCUAAGGAUGGUCUUCCCUCUACAUUAAAAACCCUUGAGAUUAAAUAUUGUAAGAAGUUAGAGCUCCCAACAAACCUGGACUAUUCAUCCCUUGGAAAACUGUCGUUGAAUGCUUGUGAUUCUGUGAAGUCAUUUCCAUUAGAUUUAUUCCCAAAUCUUUAUCACAUCAAAAUCAGUGCGUGUAGCAAUUUGGAAUCUCUUACAGUUCCAGAAAAUUAUGAACAUGAUUUAGUCACCAUGGAGAUUGAUAUCUGGUAUUGCCCAAAUUUUGUUUCUUUUCCAAAAGGAGGACUGCGUGCCCCCAACCUUACAAGAUUUAUGGUCGAGAAUUGUGGCAGUUUGAGAUCACUUCCUGACAAAAUGCACAUACUCCUUCCGUCUCUUGAGGAUUUGCAUAUAUGGAAUUGUCCAAAAGUUGAGUCGUUUCCUGAAGGGGGGUUGCCUUCCAAUUUGAAAUCAAUUUGGAUAGAUAGUUGUGAGAAACUCAUUGCAAGUCGGAUGGGAUGGGGUUUGCAGAACCUCCCCUUUCUUACAGAUAUUACAAUCUUUGGCGAUAAUGAAGAUGUGGAGUCCUUCCCAGAGGAGCAGUUGCUGCCCACCAGUCUGACCUUCCUUGAAAUAUGGAACUUUCCAAAUUUGAAAUCUUUGGACAAGAAAGGGCUUCAACACCUCAAUGCUCUUAAAGUAUUGCGUAUCUCGAACUGCCCAAAGCUCAAUUGUGUGCCGGAACAGGGGCUGCCUCCCUCCCUUUCUAUUCUACAAAUCUGGGCAUGUCCUUUGUUGAAGAAAAAAUGGCAAAGUAAAAAAGGAAAAGAAUGGCGCAAGAUUGCUCAUGUCGAACAGAUAGAGAUUGAUGACGAAUGGAUUGAAUAA